AUGAGUUCCGAAGAUUCUGAUUUCUAUGGAGACGACGAGAUUAUGGCAGACCUAAAAGCUAAAGUGAAAGACUUUGAUCCCGAAACUUGGUGGGAGGAACAUGGGGAUGUUAAUACGCCACUAAAGAUCCAAGCUGAAAAUGAAGACGUUGAAAUGCUAGAUGUGUCUCAUCUUCACAACCCAUACGCCGGCCUGGAGUACGCAUGGCAGCUCACAGAGACAAUCGAAGAGUUUGUGGAACGUGUUCCACCCGCAACCACCGACGAAACUCCCCAAAACCAAUGGAUAUGGGUCUGUAACCCUUAUAUAAACCGCAAGAAGAAGUGCGAGGCAAGCAAUCAGCAAAUCCGUGGCGGUGAAGAUGAAGCGCCCGAGGAAGAAGGCGCCGACCUACCUAGUGUCGUCGAAGGCGGCAUGGCGAGACUCCACUUCGCAUCCGAGUAUAUCAACAUGUGCAAGAACUCGGGCAACGGACCGGCUUUCAUCGCCCGAGAAUGCCGGACAGCCGGCACGGACGCCGCGAAGGAUAUCCUCAACCUGGCAAAGGCCCACCGCGUACGAUGCGGCAAGUGGAUGCUCUUCUGCAACACUUUCGAAGUCAACGAAGUCUGGCAGACCAUCGCUAAGGCCACGGCAAAUAAUGAGCUUGGGAUAGGCGCCAAGGUUGCGCCACGACGAACGACCGAUAAGAGGACGGAGCGGCUCAUCUGCGUCUACACCGCCGAUUUCAGCGACACGAAAGAUGUCAAGAGGGUUGCGGAGAAAUUGAAGAAACUUGGACUUAUCCAGGCCAACGACAAGCCUUUGUACUACAAACCAGAUGUGUACACGUACUUGGGGAUAGCGCACGGAAACCCGUGGGAGAUAAGGGCUUCCAUCUACGACACCAAAUCCAUGCUUAGAACCAGAAAGGGGACAUCAUCUGGAGAAUAA